GCGAAUUGUUGACGCCUGCGGCUGCUGCGGUGGCGACCGGGCCGUUGGGGAGGGGCUAGUGGGGGAGCGAGACGGCGCAGUGACAGGACCGCCGAGGGUGCUGCUGAGGCGACGAUGGCAGAGGGGCCGGAGGAAGCCCGAGGCCGCCCUCCCGGGCAGGACGACGGCGGAGGGGACCCCGAGCCCGUCCCUUCCCUGAGAGGCCCUCCUGCCGCCGCCGCCCCACGCCCCCGGGACGGGCCGCAGGCCGAACCCCAGGCCCCGGGCCGGCCCCCAGCCCCGGGCCUCGCGCUAGCUGCGGCCGCCGCCGAGGAAUCGGAGCCGCCGCGCGAGCCCGGGAAGUGCGGGGAGGCGGCCCCCGGCUCCAGUGCGGGGCCGCAGGAGCCGGCAGGCCGCGAGGCGCCCGAGGCCGGCGCGCCGCGAGAGAGGCCGGCGCGGCUGAGCGCCCGCGAGUACUCCCGGCAGGUGCACGAGUGGCUGUGGCAGUCCUACUGCGGCUACCUCACCUGGCACAGCGGCCUGGCCGCCUUCCCCGCCUACUGCAGCUCCCAGCCGCCCCCGCCGAGCUACCCCUCGGGCGGAGGCGCCGCCGCCCCCCAGCCCGCGGCGCCGCCGCCCCCCCAGCUGGGCUAUUACAACCCCUUCUACUUCCUGAGCGCCGCGGCCGCCGGGCCCGACCCGGGGGUGGCCACCGGCGUCACCACCGCUGCUCCCGUCGCGGGCCUGGGACCCCGGGCCCCGCAAGGGCAGGGAUCCGUCCGCUCAACCCCAGUGACCAGAGUGGGAUCGGCCGCUCCUUCGCGAACCCCGAGCGAGACCGGGCGGCAAGCAGGCAGAGAGUAUGUUAUUCCAUCCUUGGCCCACAGAUUUAUGGCAGAAAUGGUGGAUUUCUUUAUUCUGUUCUUUAUAAAAGCAACGAUUGUCUUAAGUAUUAUGCACCUCAGUGGAAUAAAGGAUAUCUCUAAGUUUGCUAUGCAUUAUAUAAUAGAAGAAAUAGAUGAAGACACAUCAAUGGAAGACUUGCAGAAAAUGAUGAUUGUGGCUCUUAUAUACAGAUUAUUAGUUUGUUUCUAUGAGAUAAUCUGCAUUUGGGGAGCAGGCGGAGCCACCCCCGGGAAGUUCCUGCUGGGGCUUCGAGUUGUGACGUGUGAUACCUCAGUGCUUAUUGCACCGAGUCGGGUUUUAGUGAUUCCUUCCUCAAAUGUUAGCAUUACAACGUCCACUAUACGAGCUUUGAUCAAGAACUUUUCUAUUGCUUCUUUUUUCCCUGCUUUCAUCACACUGCUGUUUUUUCAGCAUAAUCGAACAGCCUAUGACAUUGUAGCAGGAACCAUUGUGGUAAAGAGAAAUGGGGUCAGAUGAUGCCCCAAAAGAGCCCUGAAUUCCAUACUCUCUGGAAUGAUGACAAGACUAAAUUAUGUAUCAAGGCCAUCAGUAUCCCUGGGUUACACUACUAAUUGAUGAUUUAGAAAUUAAAGCAGUCGCUCCAGUGUGAUGCAGGUGACUAUUCUGAAAGUAUUGAUAUUACUUGAAUGCCAAAGAACUUUUCCAGAAGAAAAAUCUGUUAAAUUUAAAUGUUAAAAAUUUUUAGAUUGAAAAGAAGGCAAGUGAUUUUAUAAUCAACAAUGGACAAUAUAUACUUUCUUAAGAUCUAAGGCAUUAGAAUUUGCUGAAAGCAUUUUCAGCUCUGACAUCUCCAGAUGAAACUUAAAAAAUUUUGGUUUAUCCCAGAAUGAUGGAAAAGUCCAGUUGUGUUUUGUAAACACAUUAACUCCUAUUUUAGUCAACACUUCUUGGGGCAAUUGUUGUCUUUGCUUUUGGGGAGGGGGGUGGGGACACAAAUUUGAUAACCCGCUUAUCUCCCACUCUGGGAGGAAGUGAGUCAGCUGCAAGAGAGAGGGGCAAAGGAGGCAGGCCUAGGUUCCCUUACUGACGUUCUCAGAUCUGUACUGCAAUGCACUGUGGGAAUGAUGCCACUUUACAAGUAUCGUUACUGUUCUAACAUGUAUUUGGGGCAAGUUUUGCAUGAUGAUGAAAAAGUAUUAAGUCAUAUUGCUGUAUUACUGAUUUUUUUAAAGAAAAGGUAAGUUAGUGGUUGCUUUUGGUGGGGGGAGGGGGGUCCUAAAUUUUCACCAUAAAUUAAAAUUACAAUUCAUGUGCAAGUGUUUUUAGUGCCCUAAAUCAAACUAUGUGGGGGGAAAUUAUUCGUCAAAUUGUUGCAUAUUUACUGUAAAACAACAUUCCCAGUAUGUGUGCAGCAUGAAGAAAGUGUUAGUGCUUUUCAGUGUUCUAAUAGAACUUCUGUUUCUAUAAGGAUAUUUACACACUAGGUAGUUUCCUUUUAUAUUUUAUAUAGUUCUAGGACUUUUGAAACCUCAAGGAGUUAAAUAAUCAUAGUAUUUCAUGGUAAAAUACUAGGUAGCCUAUUAAAUAUUAGCAAUUUUCCCAUUAUGAACUAUUCUAAAACAAGGACAGGUAUUUCCAGACAUUUUUCUAAGUUCUUUGGGCCAAAACCUCACUUUGGGUCUGCCAGGGAUGGUGUCUUGAAGGAAAUGUUAAGUAACAGUUUGUAUAUUGCCAUUUUAAUUUAUUCUUCUACUGAGGCAAAGCUUAGUGUUUUAAGUAUGUGUGCAUGUUUUGUUAGAUGGCCCUGUUAGCUGUGUUGAGAGAAUACCUGAAAAAGUUUUAUUUCUUAGGCGUUUUCUCCAACCCUGGUACUAUUUUCCCAAAAAACACUAACCUCUGUUGGACACUUCAUAAUUAGAUUGCUUAAAAGAUCUUGACUUUUUUUUUUGUCUUUAAUAGCAAAUGAAAGGUAUAUUAUCACUUUAUCAGUUUUUAAAGUGGGUUUUUCCUUUAAAACUGAAAGUAUUCACAUUUGAUGUCUAUAGAAACCUUAACAGUGUCCUUAUUAAUACCUUUUUAUCAUAAAAUUUCAUAAGCCAUGUUUUUCAAAAUAAUUUUACAUUAAAUUCAACACCACAGAAAGCCUGUCCGUUAAGUGCGUCCAGGUACUCGACAAAUCAUUCACUUGUUGCCCCUGGGAAGAUAUUUAGCUUGACGGCCCUUCAGGGUAAGUGUUACCCAAACGUACCACUCAGUAGUGUACUACAUUAGCAUUGGUGGAUACACUAUUUUUGCCACUGAUGGGGGAGAUCCAGUUGCAAUGUCCUUCAGCCAUGUAGCUCUGGAGGAGAUCUUUAUAAUUUCCUCUCAGAAAAUUGGAAGGUUCACCGUCUAGGCUAUUUUAAUGCAUACAAACAAAAGCAAGUCACAUCACCCAGUUUAACUUCUUAAAAAUUGCAUAUUUUCUAUAUCUGAGUUAUUCAGAAUCCUAUCUAUGUAGGUUCAUUUAGGUCCAUCUUAGGGUUCAAGUUACAUAACCCGAUAAAAUAAAAGUAUUCCUGCUUUGCCUUUACAACAAAUUGCAAGGCUGUUUGUAUUUCUGAAUGCACUUAGGAAAAGAUAUUUGAUGCCCAGAUCAUUGGGAAAAAAAUGACAAAAAAUGGGGAAGGAAGAGUUCUUUUCUCUUCGGGUUGUGGUGGGGGGGAGGGGGGUGGGAAGCCUCCCAUCUUUUCAAAAACACUUUUCUAUUUGAUGUAUUUCAUUUAUAGAAAAUUUCUGCAUCAGAGUAUAAUUCUCAUGCCGAAGCUCUAGCCUAAAAAGGCAAAAAGAUAGUUGUUUUCAAAGAAUGUUUACAAACAUUAUUCAUCACUUUUACAAGAUAAGUAAUAAGGGAACAAAAAUCAAAAGUAAGCAGAGUAAAAGAACACUAUUGCAGUGAAAGUGCCCUAAUGAAAACCACAGAAUAGGCAGUUAACUCAGGCAUCUAGAAAAAUCUCAGUACCUACUAAAAGUAGCUAGAGUGGUGGUGCGCCGUAAGAGAAGUCUGACUUGAGUGUUCACGCGGGCCGAGGUGAGGAAACCCGAGGAUGACAAGCCUCACUCUUUUUGACUCAUCUGUGACCAUAAAACUAAAGCCAACACUUUUUUGGAUAGAAAGCCUUCAAAGUAUCGCCCAGCUGAUACCUGUGUAGCACUGGUUCAGAAGUGACUUAAACAUUUACCUUCCGAUUUUACCCAGAUAUUUAGGAUUUAAAAAAAAAUGGUUGAGGGCCCCUUUGUCUAAAUGAUAAAAUUAAGGCUUUCGUGUCCAUCGUUUCAAAUGACAGGAAAAGUGGUUUUUAGCUGCAUUAAAAGGAUUUGUUCCCUUAUGGGACUUGGUUGGGUGUUUUACUUAUGCGUGUUUCCAGCAAAGGAAGACAAAAAAGGGAGUUUACUUGCUACUCGGGAGGAGGGCUUUCUGAGAGGAGGGGUAGGACGUUUUCAUUCUACACUUACCCUGUUCAAAGCUGUGGUUCCUUUGGAGGAAUAUGCCAACAGCAGUGUUCGUAAAACCUGACCAGUGUCAUUUCACGUACUUGCCGUUGCCCGGCCUCCAUCCCAGAGGCCAGAAUCUUUUACAAGAAGUGCUUGCCUGGGUGACGUUCCUCCUCUCCAGCUGUGUGUCUAUUUUCUUGCAGUUCCUUAUAGUAGGACUUGACCCACAAACAGUAUCUGAUGGCCUGCCUAUAAGUAAAAUUCAGCAUUCUAUUUUUAAUAAUUUGUAUGCCACCGAUUUGUAUUCUUUGUCUCAAUAAAUACUUGAUCACCGA